AUUGUUUUUUAAUUGAAUUCUCAGUGUAAGUCUAUUCUUUCCUAUAUGAUUCUGUCUUGUGCUGGGGUUCUUGUGAAGGACCUCUUUGAGUAUGAUUGCUCGUUUUGAUGUUUCGAUGAUGAUGUUCGAAAUGCUUACGAAUUUGUAGUAACUAAGAAUGGCUCGUACCAAACAAACUGCCCGUAAGAGUACAGGAGGAAAGGUUCCUCGUAAACAAUUGGCAACGAAGGCUGCCCGCAAAAGCUCUCCUACUGCGGGAGCCGUGAAGAAGCCUCAUCGAUAUCGUCCCGGAACGGUUGCUUUGCGUGAGAUUCGCAAAUAUCAGAAGAGCACUGAGCUGCUCAUUCGUAAGCUUCCUUUCCAGAGACUGGUGCGUGAAGUUGCACAGGAUUUUAAGAACGAUCUUCGUUUCCAGAGUUCAGCUGUGAUGGCUCUUCAGGAGGCUGCUGAGGCUUAUUUGGUUUCUCUGUUCGAAGAUACGAAUCUUUGCGCUAUUCACGCGAAGCGUGUGACCAUUAUGCCAAGAGAUAUGCAGCUUGCUCGUCGUAUUCGUAACGAGAAGUAAUAUGCGCUGCUAUUGUUGUGUAGUAUGUACUAUGCU